AUGAAGUCAUCGGUUCUAGGCUUUCUGCUCUGCAUUUCCUCCGCCUUGGCGUAUGUUGAAGUCGCUAUGAAUUGUACGGACGGAUGGGACUGGUUCAAGAGAUCCCGAGGUGGAUGGUGUAUGAAGGUAUUCUCCGAAAAAAUGAAUCAAGGAGAGGCUGAAGCAAAGUGUAAUGAGGAAGGAGCCGUCCUUGCUGGAGUUCAGAACGGAGAUGAAGUCAAAUGGAUGGCAGAGUCUCUCGUAAAACUGGUUGGAAAAGGCAACAUAUGGAUUGGAGCGAAACGAUCCAUUCCUUGCAGGUCGGUGAGUGGAUUUACCGCUCUUUGCACGGAUCUUACCUCUUUCUACUGGACUGAUGCUUCGACUACUGGUUUCCUAGGAUUCAAAAAAUGGCUUGUUGGAGAGCCCACUAAUUGGGGACUAUACCAGCAUUGCAUUGUACUCUCUUCCACAGCUCGUCUGAUGGAUGACGUUGCAUGUAAUAUAAAAGCCACAGGAUAUGUCUGUGGAAAAUUGCGUCGUUUUGAUUUUCUCUGA